AGUUUGCUCUCGUUUCUCCUCCGUCUAUUCUGGCAUAUAUAACCUUAGAAUUGACCACGCACAAUGUCUGCCAUCAUAUUGCCUUCCGAUCUUCUUCUCCUUGAUCAUCAUCCAUUUGAUUCAAGGCCUGUAUGACUAAUAUGAUCAUGGCUUCGAACAAGCUGGGCCUUUUCAGGGCCGUUUACCUGGUAACCCUAAGUUGUAUCGGCUCGUUUCUGUUUGCCUACGAUACAGGCAUCGUCGGUGGCAUACUCACCUUGAAGUCGUUCCAGAAGGACAUGAAGUACUCCGCUGCCGACAAGGCCAAAGUGAGCUCUCUGUCAGCCAGUCUCUUACAAGCGGGAGCUUUUUUCUCUUGCUUCUUCAUCUGGCCGUUUACAGCACGCUACGGCCGACGCUUGUCCAUCGCUUUAGCCUCGCUCAUCUUCUGCAUCGGAUGUGUGCUCCAAGUCAUCAAAGUCAACGGAUUAGGUGCAUUCUACGCAGGUCGUGUCAUUAGCGGUCUUGGUGUCGGCAUGGCCACGGUGAUCAUUCCUAUGUACAGUGCCGAAAUGGCACCAAAAGAAAUCCGUGGCCAACUGGGCAGUAUGUUUCAAUUGUUUUUCACUCUGGGAGUCACAACAUCUUAUUGGAUGGACUACGGUGUAUCGAAGAACAUUGCCCCGUCGUCCAAGCAGUGGCAAAUCCCCGUCGGUUUUCAACUCGUUCCUGGGGGUUUGCUAGGCCUCGGUAUGCUCCUGACCAAGGAGAGUACGCGAUGGUUAGCGAAAACAAGUCGUCGUGAAGAGGCUUUGAAAUCUCUCAUAUGGGUGCGUGGAACUGAUUCUGUUGAAGUCCAAGAAGAAUUUGCCGAGAUAUUGGCUAGCAUUGAACUAGAGGAGCGUGUCACUGAGGGUCUCACAUGGAAGGAGUUUCUUCUUCCGGCUAACCGCUACCGUCUUUUUGUGGCUAUAACUAUGCAAAUAGGUGUACAGCUCACUGGUAACACAUCUCUGGCAUAUUUCUCUCCACAGGUCUUCACUGCUGUGGGUGCCGGUCAACAGGCACUUUUGAUAAGUGGCUUCUUCGGCGUGGUCAAGGUAGCUUCCUGUUUAUUUUUCCUUCUGUUCUUAGUGGAGAGAAUCGGUCGUCGGGGCUCACUGAUUGGGGGUGCCUUUCUCAUGGGGAGCUACAUGCUUAUUAUAGCUGUAUUGACGGCGGUCUACCCCCCCAAGACUAGUGCUGGUCUUACGAGUCCGGCCAUUGCGUCUCUUACAAUGAUCUAUCUCGAAGCAAUGACGUACAAUAUCUCCUGGGGACCAGUACCAUGGUUGUACAUGAGCGAAAUAUUUCCGAACCGUUUGCGUGAAGGAAGUAUUGCUAUUGGUACUGCGACGCAAUGGCUCUUUAAUUUUGUCUUUUCUCAAAUCACACCUCAUGCGGUCAACAACUUGGGCUGGAGGACGUUUUUGAUGUUUUGCAUAUUCAACUGGUCUCUCGUCGUAUACGCUUGGUUCUUUAUCAAGGAGACCAAAGGAAAGUCCCUUGAGGAAAUGGAAGAAGUGUUUGAUUCUAAAAAGACAGCGAUCGACUUUGAGAAAGUCCAUCACGAUAUACAUGUCAUGUUCAUUCCCAAUGAGAAGGAGACUGUUAAAACAUGUGGAAUGAUCUGA